CCUUUCCUAGCACUAUCAUCUGAAAAUCUCCUAGUAUCCAAAAUGGCAGUGACCGCCAAUGGCUCGAAUGGCAGCGCUGGUGAAACGGAAGACCCCAGGAAAAUCAGACUCGAUCGACUCGCGUAUGUUCAUUACCAGCAUCCUGAUUUGUCCAAAGCUCAUCGCUUCCUCACCGAUUUUGGAAUGGAAAAGGUGAAGGAAACAGAAAAUCGCAUUUACUACAGAGGCUUCGGAGCAGCACCGUGUAUAUAUGUAGCGGAGGCAUCUCCCACCCCAAACCGGAAUUUUGUCGGUGGCGCUUGGGUUGUGGAGUCAUAUCGUGACUUGGAGGAUGCAGCAGCACUACCGGGUGCCUCCCAGAUUGCGGAUUCCGACGUACCAGGUGGAGGGAGCACGGUCACUCUCAAAGAUCCAAAUGGCCACAACAUCAUGUUGGUCUUCGGACAGAUCUUAAGUUCGCACUCCAAAAGUCUGCACCAAGUAGAGAUGAACUCAGCUUGCGUGAAGCCUCGGGUCGGUGUGUUUCAGAGGUUCAAGCCUGGUCCGAGCCCAGUGCACAAACUCGGUCACUACGGAUUUGUGGUACGAAAAAGUACAUUCUUUUCGACGAGAGAGUGGUACACGAGGACAUUCAACCUUAAAGUCACAGAUUCUGUUUUCGACCCAGAGUCAAAUGUGGACGAGACUUCAUUUUUACAUAUCGACAAAGGCAAGGAGUACACAGAUCACCAUAGUUUGUUUCUGGCCGCAGGACCUGAAGACAAGCCGUCUCAUAUACAUCAUUCAAGCUUCGAAGUGCAUGACAUGGAUACACAGCUGCUAGGUCAUGACUGGUUACGCAACGGGGGAUGGGUCAACUGCUGGGGAGUGGGCCGACAUCUGUUGGGAAGCCAAAUUUUUGAUUACUGGUUCGACGCAUCAGGCAACGUCCUUGAGCAUUACUCCGAUGGUGACCUUGUCAAUAUCGACACUAAAGUUACACGCGAACCAGCAGCGCCGCAGACUCUUUUUGUCUGGGGACCAAACAUACCAUUAGCCUUCAUGAGCGGCAGAAUCGAGGACGCUGUUAUUGAUAACAAGCUCGCAAUCACCCACCCUCAGUUGUUGGAAGAGCCGAAUACCACAGUCAAUAAAACUUCAACGACUGCUUCAGUCGAUGUGCCACACUGAUUGUGGAUUGCAGAAGGGUAAUGGUGAAAGCGAGGACAGAAGAUGAACAGAUGAGGUGUGCAUUAUUUUGCGCGGGCAUUGGGAUAAACAACUGUAUUUCCUCAAGAAUUUAGCCAGCCUUACGACAGCUUCACUUCGGACAUACACAUUGUAAUUGUUGUUGUAGCUUGAUACGCCACUCCUCUAAUUCAAUUUAUUUAGAUGUUAUAAAAGGUAGAAUUCUUCGACUUCUUAGUAGUUUAGUACCAAGUAAUGUAGGUAUAAUUAGGUGGUGAGAAAAGUGACCACUACUAAGGCCGAGAAGAGAGAUGUCUAAGUGGUGAGUCAGGGUGGGAGAAAGGGAUAGCUUUCGAGAUUGUUUCUGUG